CUUUUCCAUCUUGCCGGACACUCGCACGCCACUUUUUUUCGCUCCCAUCAUCGCCAGCGGGCCGACCCACGUGGAAGCGAGGCGGUGCGUUGCCUUCUUCGGUUCUACCCUUUUUGGCUUCAAGGUUCUGCCAAUAAAUCAAUUCACCGGCACCAGCCCUGUCGCCUCAAAGCCUGUCUACCCGAAAGCUUCGUGCCAAGCUUCAACUUUCUGCCGGCUUUCUCGACCCUUACCCGCCAGCUUUAGGUGCCCAGCUACAUAGCCAGCCUGCCUACCUGCCAGCCUGUCUGCAUAUUAUCUUCAAGCCUGCAGCUCACUUGGCUGCUUCCAACGCCCUCAUCAACCUCACUUCGCGCCACACCAUCGUAUGCGAUAAACAACACCGAUCAUUUCCCCCAGCUUCCCUCCCUCAACACCUCUUCUCCGGCCGAUCUACACUUUCACCAACCAGCUUCGUUCGCACCAGCAGCCAGAACAGGAACCAUGGCGAUUUCAGGCUUCCUCUUCCUCUCCUGGCGCAUUUUCGAAAUCAUCACCUUGGUCCCAAUCGUGGGCAUGCUGGGUUGGUUCGUAAAUGGCUUCGUGGACAACAACCAGCUCACUCCAAACUUCAUCCUCGUCCUCUUCAUCGUAUCAGUACUCGCACUGGCCUGGGCAUUCUUCACAUUGAUCAGCUAUCUUCGCGCUCGACACGACGCCAUCUUUGUCGCGCUCGUCGAUCUUGCAUUCGUGGGGGCUCUGAUCGGGGGCGUGGUGGAACUCCGAGGCAUUGCCAGCGCCAACUGUUCGAACUUCACCUCGGGAGACGUUUAUGUCAAUUUGGGCCCAUUCGGCUAUUACGGACGCGAUGGCAGUGGCACAAGCUUUGGCGUCAACGUGAACAAGACUUGUGCGAUGCUCAAGGCAAGCUGGGCACUGGCCAUCAUCAACAUCAUCGCGUUUUUCGUGACAUUUCUGCUAGCACUACUUGUGCAUCGCAACCACCGCAACGACGAGCGUAUUGUCGUAAAGCGCACCACUACACAUCACUCACGGCACGGUCACCGACGGUCGGGAAGCCGAUCACGCAGCCGAGGAGGCUAUAUUGAAGGUAGCAGACGAAGCACGCAACGUUCCUCUAGCCGGAGGCAAUACUACGUAUGAUCGUUGAUGACAGCCUGUUGAAACACGAAGUUACGAAGCACCAUCAUUUCCAAGUCAGCGCCCAUUGAGACAGCAAGGAGAGCACUUCCCAGAUUCACACAGUCAGAAGAUGAUGCGUGAGAUAUGCAGUAUCGGCGUCGAUCAACAUAGUUAGACAGCACAAGCAGGAAUAUGUACUCGUAAUGUGCAACGCUCCAGUGGAGAUUUGGAUGCCCAAUAGGCAGCUUCGCGUCCUAGCAAAUUUUGUUGUAUGUAUCACAC